UACAAUACUCUCUUCCAUUUUUGUUCACUUUCUCUCUGCUGGUCAUAUAUACAAAACCACACCACUUGGCCUUGGCUUGUCUUUCUCUAUAAAAACCUACCCCAAACCCAAUCCCAAUCCCAAUCUCAAUUCCAUUAAUGUCUCACUUGGUAUAGUAGUAAAUUCUUCUUACCAGAAUUUGUGUUUGUACGGUCAUUUUUCAACUACCUCCUCUAUUAUAUAGUCUUCUUUCAUUUAAUAAUAUCACACGCAUUGUACACAUUCAUAACAGAACAGUGUAGUGGAUUUCACCAGCUAGCUCUUAAUGUUAGUUCCUCUUUUCAAGGUGGUUACUAGCACAGUUUAACUUCUAAUGGUUUUGUUUCUCUGUCUCUCGCCUUCAUUUAUCUUUUUGGGGUUUUGUACACUGUAGUGAAACUCUGCGGUUGGUGUUUGAAGUUAGUUCUCAAUGGGGUUAUCAAACUGGUUUUUCAUUCUGUAUCUUUCAUGGGCUUUCUUUAUUCCAAGCACCCAUGAGUUAGAGACCUAUCAGGCCCAACUUCUACUUCAGGUGAGGAAGCAUUUGGCGUACCCUUCGCAAUUGGAUAUCUGGGGAAGUUAUAAUGGAGACCUCUGCAACCUGUCUUCAACUUUACAUGUGAGCAUUAUUUGUCAGGACAAUUUAAUUACUGAGCUCAAAAUUAAGGGAGAUAAGCUUGUCAAGGUUAGUGAAUUCAAUGGGUUUGCAAUUCCUAAUCAGACAUUAUCUGAAAGUUUCUCAAUUGAUUCUCUUGUUACCACACUAGCAAGAUUAACUAGUUUGAGGGUUCUUAGCUUAGUGUCUUUGGGGAUAUGGGGACCACUUUCUGAUAAGAUUCAUCGGCUAUAUUCACUUGAAGUUUUGGACUUGAACUCAAAUUUUCUCUUUGGCUCAGUUCCUGCGCAGUUAUCAAGAUUGGUUAAACUUAAUUCUUUAACAUUAGAUGGGAAUUAUUUCAAUGGAUCAGUUCCCGAUUGGUUGAAUUCAUUGUCUAAUCUGACAGUUUUGAGCAUGAAGAAUAACAAGUUUACGGGUCAAUUUCCUUCUUCAAUAUGCAGAAUCACCACAUUAACUGAUAUUGCCUUGUGUCACAAUAAGCUUACUGGUAAAUUGCCUGAUUUGAGUACCUUAACUAGCCUGCAUUUGUUGGAUUUAAGAGAGAACAAAUUAGAUUCUGAAUUACCUGCAAUGCCAAAUGAGUUGAUUACAAUUCUCUUAAGCAAUAAUUCCUUCUCGGGAAAAAUUCCUGAACAGUUUGGUGAUUUGAGUCAGCUUCAACAUCUUGACUUGUCCUUAAAUCAUUUAAGUGGAACACCUCCAUCUUCCUUGUUCUCUUUGCCUAAUAUCAGGUAUUUGAACUUAGCUUCCAACAUGCUCAGUGGAACCAUUCCAAAUUAUAUUACAUGUGGAAGCAACCUUGGGUUUGUUGAUAUCUCUACAAAUAAGUUAAUCGGUGGAGUGCCCUCUUGCUUGGACGGUAUGUCAAAUAAUAGAGCAGUUAAGUUUGAUGGGAAUUGCUUAUCUAUUGAUGUCCAAAAUCAGCAUCAAAAGUCAUACUGUGAGGCAGCCAAUAUAGAGGCAAAGGAAUCAAAAGGUACAACAGUAGGAAUAUUAGUUGCUGCCAUUAGCGGAAUAGUUCUUGUUGUGGUUAUUUUGGCAUUGGGGGUUCUGUUUUUGUGUAGACGAUACCGGUCUAGAAAGACAUUUGAGCAGAAUAUUUUUUCCAAGUCUGUGCAAGAUAAUACUCCUUCUGGGGUUUCCUCUGAAGUCCUUGCGAAUGCCAGAUUCAUUUCUCAAGCAGCUAAGCUAGGAACACAAGGUGCCCCCUUUUCUCGUGUGUUUUCCUUGGAAGAGUUGAUGGAAGCCACAAACAACUUUGAUUCCUCAACGUUUAUGGGUGAAGGCUCUAUUGGCAAGGUUUACAGAGGAAGAUUGGAUACUGGAACCCAUGUUGCUAUCCGGUCUCUUACUUCAUUAAAGAAACAUUCAAUUCAAAAUCUUAAAGUUCAGUUGGAUUUGCUAUCAAAGCUUCACCAUCCACAUUUGGUUGGUCUCUUGGGUUAUUGCAUCGACUGCAGUGGACAAGAUGAUUAUGUUGGCACCAAAGUCUUUCUUAUCUAUGAAUACGUGCCUAAUGGAAAUUAUCGUACCCAUCUGUCAGAAACUUUUCCAGAGAAAGUCCUCAAGUGGUCGGAUAGGUUGGCAAUUCUUAUUAGUGUUGCCAAGGCUGUGCAUUUUCUACAUACUGGGGUGAUUCCUGGUACUUUUAAUAACCAAUUGAAAACAAUUAAUAUAUUGCUCGAUGAGCACCGAAUUGCAAAGCUGAGUGACUACGGCAUGGCUAUAAUCACAGAUGAAUUCGAAAAAAGUGAGGUAAAGGGAAAGGCUGCAAAAUCACGACAUAGGACAAACUUAGAGGAUGAUGUUUACAACUUCGGGUUUAUACUACUCGAAUCACUUGUUGGUCCUAUUGUAACUGGGAAAGGAGAAGCAUUUCUGCUGAAUGAAAUGGCAUCCUUUGGCAGCCAGGAUGGUCGAAGGCGUAUCGUGGACCCAGUUGUUUUAACAACAUGCUCACAGGAGUCAUUAUCAAUUGUAAUUUCUAUCACAAGCAAAUGCAUAUCUCCCGAGCCUUCAACUCGUCCUUCAUUCGAGGAUGUCCUUUGGAACUUACAGUAUGCAGCUCAAGUCCAGGCUGCAGCUGAUUCUGAUCAGAAAUCAGAUUCGACAUCCCAUUCAUAAGUUCAGAUGCAGAUUAAACAACCAUGCCCUUGAUUGGGAAACAUAUCCAAGUGGAAACAGUAACUAUAAGCACACGAGGUAGGCAUCCAUUUGGACAGCUUCAUCUACUUGAAAUGCAAAAUGUAUAGUUGUAAAUGAUAUAUUUUAUUGCUUGACCAUAAUCAUAACCAUAUUUAUAUAUAUAUAUAUUUUUGAUACGGUAGAGCUUAUUAAAUGUAUUGUCCUUUUGUAAUAGGUAUUAGUUGGUAGCAAGCAUUUGUACAAUUUAGAAUUGUUCUGAGGUUGAAGAAACCUGACUAUAAGAAGCUGUAUUGUUUGUUACAUAACUUUAUUAUUCUUGGAAUAACAAGCUUUACGGAUCAGUGUAA